AUGACCCCACAAUAUCAACAUAUACCACAACCCCCGCACAGUGCAGGAGAGCCUUAUAAAGGUCUUCGCGCCCGCAUAGAUCCCAGCCAGAUUCCGUCUCCGGUAGAUGCAAUAGAAGCAGACAAGGAAGCAUGGGAGUCACAAAUGUACAUGACACUUCCAGGAAACAACCCACCAUUGUCUACAACGGACUUCGUUGCCUUCGAUCAAGGUAAUUCGAAUCCAAAAUACAUGCGAGUCACGACUUGGAAUGUCCCAAGUUCUGCACAUUUAGCAAGAGAAUGCGAAAUUCCCCUCGCAGUGGUAGUACAACCGUUGGCAGAUCUGGAUCCACGAGAGGAACCUGUUCCUCUGGUCGAUUGUGGCGAAAGUGGCCCUCCUCGUUGUGCUCAGUGUAGAGGGUAUAUCAACCCUUGGUGUGUUUGGACGGCCGGGGGUAGCAGGUGGAAGUGUAACCUUUGUGGACACGAAACUGAAGUUUCUCCGGAAUACUUCUGUAACAUUGAUGCCAACUUCAUGCGGAUGGACCAUGCGAACCGACCCGAGUUGAACAAGGGCACGGUUGAUUUUGUCGCCGAUUCUGAAGACUACUGGGCUCCACCCCCGUUACCCAAGUUGAUGCCUACAUAUUUCUCUACGGAUCUUCCACCGACUACUGCUCGAAAACCUCAGCCGAUGAACUACCUUUUUGCAUUUGAUAUUUCUUUUGAAGCAGUUGAAUCAGGACUACUCAAAUCCGCUUGCGAUACACUCUUGGAUAUUCUCUAUGGAGGGGAGGCAAUAGACGGAACGUCAUUUGACCCUUGCUUUCCGCGAGGUUGUGGGAUUGGCAUUCUCACUUUCGACAGAACGUUGCACUUUUACAACCUGUCUCCAAGCCUCCCACAAGCUAGUGUGAUCGUACUGGCGGAUCUGGACGAGAUUUUCGUGCCAUUGCGUGAUGGGAUGUUCGUUGACCCCUGGGAAUCAAGAACAGUGAUCGAAGGGCUCUUGACCUCUUUGCCGGAACGCAACAGUAUGACGUCACUAAGGGAGGCCAGCUUAGGCGCAGCGCUGAUCGCAGGGCUUGCAUCCUUAGCCGGGAUGGGGGGUCAUGUCGUGGUAUUCCAAAGCACCAUGCCAACUGUUGGGCCUGGUGCACUGGAUCCGUUGACUGACGAAACCGGGGUGUACAGUACAGAAAAGGAGACCACGUUGUUCCUUCCACGGGAUCGUGUCUGGCGCGACGUCGCUGAGGAGUGUGCUGAGGAAGGCAUUGGUAUAAGCAUGUUUUUGGGAAUGAGCAAGACGAUUGAUAUUGGUUCCAUCGGGAUCGCUUCCUCCGUGACCGGUGGAGAAAUGUAUUUUCACCCCAGGUUCAAGCCGUCCCGAGACCGGAUUGUACUGGCAUCUCAGCUCAGGAGGCUAGUCACACGAACGACAGUCUACAAUUCCGUCAUGCGCAUCCGAUGUUCUCAUGGCCUCCAAAUAUCUAAAUAUUACGGAAAUUUCCAUGAACGUUCGCUGACCGAUCUUGAAGUAGGUGUAUGGGACGCUGACAAAGCGUUCUCGGCAUCGUUUGAGCAUACACGAACACUGGACGAGCGCCAGUAUGCCUACUUGCAGUGUGCCCUCCUGUAUACGACAACUGACGGGAAACGACGUGUCCGGACGUGCAAUCUAGCACUCCAGGUUGUGUCGCUUGCAGGGAGCGUGUUUCAAUAUGCAGAUAUGGAUGCUACGGUGUGUCAUCUUGCACGGCAGGCGAUGACGAACCUAUCAUCUCGCCGUAUGGCGCAGAUACGAGAGGAACUGACGGAGAAGUGUUCAUCGAUAUUGCUCGGAUACAGGCGGAAUUGUGCAGCUGGCACUGUUGCGUCACAGUUGAUUAUUCCUGAAGCAUUCAGGUGCCUCCCGGUUUACUCUCUCGCCAUAACCAAAACCAAGCCUCUUAAAGGUCGUACGGUUUCCGCGGAUGUCCGUAAUUACUAUGCACGUAAGAUCCUUUCCAUGGGCGUUCGCAGUACGAUGCAGCACCUCUAUCCCCGCCUGCUCGCACUUCACGACCUCGAGGAAACUAUUGCGUUACCAAAUGAUACGACGGGACGUAUUGCGUUUCCGUCCCUUAUGGGGAAUAGUCACAUGUAUAUGGAGGCGAGGGGGGUGUAUCUUAUCGACAACGAGGAGUACAUGAUUUUUUGGGUUGGCUCCGGGGUGUCACGGCAGGUACUUGAUGAAUUAUUUGGCGUUCAGGACCUCCUUGCGUUGAACUCGAAUAUGACCUACCUCCCUGUUCUAAACACCCGCCUUUCCCAACAAGUCCACAACAUUCUGUCGCAUCGAUUCAGUCAACGGGGAUAUGUCCCUCAGAUGCUGCUUGCCAGGCAAAAUAUGGAUGGCGUGGAGAUCGAAUUUAGUGACAUGUUGGUUGAGGACCAGAACAAUGGGGCUAUGUCAUAUUUGGAUUAUCUCUGUCUCGUGCACAAGCAAAUUAAUACUGCACUAACACAAGGAAUUUCGAUAUCUGGGGGACCAAGUCUCCGUGGAUCGCCGUGGUAGGGCCCGCUUACAUACUGCUUUAAUCUACACGCAUAUGCAGACCAGCAACUUACAUGAUCUGUGUUAUUGAUUUCUUGAAAGCAUGUUAACGGAUGCCAGAGGAAAAGGGACCGAAAUGGCGGACAUUGCGUUCGUGGGAUAAGUCAGUUGUCGAAGAGGGAGAACUUGCUUCGACGAAUAACUUCAACUGAGGUAGUGCUGUGAGAGCCUGUACGGCCGCCGAGGAACCU